AUGUCUUUAAGACAGCAAGAAAAUGAAGAUACUGUUUCUAGGCAAAGUGUAUUGCGACAUGCUUCUGAGGAUCACAAUUAUUAUCACCGUGAUCAUUACACCGACUGGGACUCGUCAUACCGACGUAGAAGUUCUUCACCUUUCUCCACAAAUUUUAAUUAUCACACUCAUGGCUAUGAGCAAUCGUGCAGCCCAUCUCUUUUCCAAGUUCGUCUCGUAACAGGUGCUUUCUCUUUAUUUAUGACUUGUGUGUUGAUUGUUCAGUUUUUUUAUCAACUCAACCACAAGUAUACAGGACUUAAUGGUGAGAAUCCUGUUGUACUAAUAGGUUUAUUUACCACGUUUUGUUGGCUUGUCUUUUAUUCAGCGUUUUUUCUCACCUUUCCAUCUCAGUCAACUGAUUCUUACUACACUAGAUCCAGAUUGCAGGACAUAGCUCCACAACUUGAAGACGACCCUUGGAACAUUGAUGUUACUGGCAACUAUAUUCGUCCUCCUAAUGUCUUAGAGAAUUCAAAUAUAGAAAUAUCCAAAGAAAUUACAUUACGAAAAGCGGUUAUUGGCUCAGUAUUGAUCACUUUUAUUAAUAUUAUGGCUGGGGCCAACUUUGCAUAUGCCCUCUAUAUUUACAUUACAAACGACCAGCCUCCACCCCCGCCUCCGCCUUCACCUCCACCUCCACCGCCUCACCAUCAUCAUAACGAUCCAUACUAUGAUGACCCCAAUGACCCAACUUAUAAUAGGCCAAAUACACCUGGUGGAAAUGCAUUCUUCACUGCUAUAUUUUUUUUCUUUUCCUUUUGUUUCUUAGUAUUUUCAUUUUCAACUUUAAUUUCAAAAUUAAAAAAAGAAAAAAUUAAUAGAGCAUUGCAAAGACUUAGAGAACAAUCAUCUCAAACCUCUCCAACUUCUAUAGAGCCACAGGUACCACCACUAUCUGAGUCUGAAGUUUCUUCUGCGAAUGAAGAAAGCGAGCCAGUUUCAUUACCAAAAUAUUCCACAUUUGACCUUGGACCUCCACCUUCAUACUCAACUUUUGACAAUAGUCAACAAUAA